UCGGAUUUAGGAUUAACUCGCCUAUUGAGAGAUGAUCUUAGCUGAAUUAUUUAAAGAUACCUAAAAGCGUUUUUUUCUGCCGGCGACUGGGCCUGCUCUCAAUGGAGCCCCGGGUCCCCCACAACAUCACCGUGGUCCCCAACGCUGUGAUGGUCCAGCCCUUCCUGGACAGCCGCAUCCCCUACGGGAGGCUGCAGCACCCGCUCACCGUCCUGCCGAUCGACCAGAUGAAGGCGACGCACCUGGAGAACGACUACACCGACAACCCCACGGCCCCCCAGGCGGGCGCCCCGCGGCCGCCCCGCGGCGGCCCCGAGCCGGGCCCGGGCAGCCAGCCCCCGCAGCGGUGCCCGCAGGACGUCACCCACCCCUGGAUUUCCUUCAGCGGGCGCCCCAGCUCCAUCAGCAGCAGCAGCAGCACGUCUUCAGAUCAGAGGCUCCUGGACCACAUGGCCCCGGCUCCCGUGGUGGAGCAGUCCUCCCCGCGCGCGGUUCGGAUUCAGCCCAAGGUGAUCAACUGCAAGCCCCUGGACCUGAAGGGACCCGCGUCGCAGGAGCUGGACAAGCACUUUCUGCUGUGCGAAGCCUGCGGGAAAUGCAAGUGCAAGGAGUGCGCCCUGCCGCGGACGCUGCCGUCUUGCUGGGUGUGCAACCAGGAGUGCCUCUGCUCCGCGCAGAACCUGGUCAACUACUCCACCUGCAUGUGUCUCGUCAAGGGCGUCUUCUACCACUGCACCAACGAGGACGACGAAGGCACGUGCGCCGACCACCCCUGCUCCUGCUCCCACGCCAACUGCUGCGCCCGCUGGUCUUUCAUGAGCGCCCUCUCCCUGGUGCUGCCCUGCCUGCUCUGCUACCUGCCGGCCACCGGCUGCGUGAAGCUCUCCCAGAGAUGCUACGACCAAGUGAGCCGGCCGGGCUGCCGGUGCAGAAACACGAACAGCGUCAUCUGCAAGGCGCUGCCGGAGGGCAAAGCAAGCAGGCCGGAAAAGCCUUUCUGACGGCCUGGGGGAGGGCGCUCCGAGGACGGCCGCCGAGUCCGGCUUUUCUAACAACCUGUGUUCCGAGGAUGACGUUAGUCUUUCGCCUUCGGGGAAAGCAGAAGCCGCUAUUUCCACAAACUGGAGCACUUUGGGUUAUUCAGGGUUUUGGAACUGAUCAGAACAUAAAUAGAUGGGGCCAGAGGAGGAUUCUCACUAAUUGCGAGUGAAGGCUGAAACCCUCUGCAUACCAUGAAGUACAGCUGCUCGAGAGCUCCGGGUCCAGCGUGCCGGCUGCUCUCCAUGCCUGCAUGCCGCGACCCAUUAACUGCUCCCCCGGCAGGCACGUCAGCACAAGCAAUACCCAUUCCCAGCUGCAGAGGCUGCGCUGGAUUCAGACUUAGGGUGGGGUUCUGGGUUUUGCUUUCUUUCAAAACUCUGGUGUGUUACCAGCAGC